UCAUCAUUUCAUUCAGUUUUUAUUUAUCCAUUUUGUAGCUGAUAUGCUAAAAUGUAUAUGUAUAUAUUACAUGAGUAACCACAUACAUUUAGUAAUACAAAGAGAACCUAGAAACCUACAAGUAGUACCUCUGGGUCACUAAAAGUAUGAUUUAACCCUUUUAUUUAACCUGACACAUUCCUCUAAAAGUUACUGAAGUUAUAAAAGUUACAAAUAUUGUUGAUUUUGUCUUUUGGGCUACCUAAGGGUCAUAUGUAAAGGGAACAUUGGAAACAGGAAGAUUUAAGUGGCUUAAAAUUGGCAAUAAACCAUGACAUUCUACACAUCGCGACAAGCCCAGCCCCUCGAGCUCAAGAGCGAAACCGAUUACGUCACAGCGACAGCUCUGCAGCCACUUGCCUGUGGUGAAGUUUACACUGCUGUAUUUGUCUGCCUCAGGUUUCAAGACUGAUCCUGUAUCCUGUAGCUGUUUUGCUCCGCAUAGCAGAGUCAGCGUUAAUGGACAUGCCGUAAAGCUGUGACAUGAGAAAGACUUGACUUUGUAGCAUCGGAGCGAUAAAGAAAGACUUACAGUAUCUGAAGAAUGAACAACAGCGAGCAGGAAACAUCACUGGAGAUUGAAGAAACACAGUUUGGAGAUCCUGCUGUGUCCAAACAGACGAGGAUCAUUCACUUCUCCAGCGGUGAAACUCUGGAGGAGGAAGACAGUGAGGAGGAAGAGGAGCAGUCAUCAGACAGACCUUUCAGAGAGCCUGCACAGAAGACUAGGUUCUCGUUCAAGAAUGUGGUUAUUCUAGUUGGGAGGAUUUCACUGCUCACCUGCGAUUUCCUUGGACAGAGACUAGCUGGUGCGCUUGGACUGAAUGCAGCCAAAUACCAAUAUGCCAUAGAUCAACAUCAUCGUGACCACAAGACACGCAGAGAGGCCACAGACGAUCUCAGGGAAGAACAUGCGGAGGCGAUCCAUCUCUCUCCUGAACUGAGGAGUCAGUAUGGAGCCACAGGAGAUGUGAGAAGUCCGGUGGAUUCCCAGAACAGCUGUGCCGAGAAACAUAUGGACAGAAGGGAAGGAUGUCACAAUAGAGGCUAUCAAGCAGAUGAGGAUUUUCGGGAAUAAGACCAAAAGAAGAAAAGCAGUCAGGGUCGUGAUUUGAUGUGAAUGCCUUUGUUCAAAGUGCACUGUGUAAAAUGGUGUUAUAAUGCUGCAUAAAGAAUGGUGUGGCUCUUUGUGAUAUUGUAAUAUUACAACAAAACUGUGAAGAAGAAAAAAAUCACGCUGUAAACUUGGUGCAAGAUUGUGGUUUUGUUUAUAAUAACUGAAAAUAAAUCAAGUAGCCCAUCAUGAA